AAAAGAGAGGCAAAUAGUUGGAAAUAAAAGCUGACGGAGAACAGAGAGAGAGGAGAGAGAGAAUGAGCGGAGUAGGGAAGACGGUGUGUGUGACGGGAGCGUCCGGGUACAUAGCUUCGUGGCUUGUCAACUUGUUGCUCCAACGUGGUUAUACUGUCAAAGCCUCUGUUCGCGACCCUUCUGAUCCAAAGAAGACACAGCACUUGCUUGCACUUGAGGGAGCCAAAGAGAGACUUCACUUGACUAAAGCAAACCUACUGGAAGAAGGUUGCUUUGACUCUCUGGUUGAUGGGUGUGAAGGUGUUUUCCAUACAGCAUCUCCUUUUUAUCAUGAUGUCAAGGACCCCCAGGUGGAAUUAAUUGAUCCCGCAUUGAAGGGAACACUUAAUGUUCUUGGCUCAUGUGCAAAAAACCCAUCUGUGAAAAGAGUAGUGUUGACAUCUUCUGUAGCUGCCGUUGCUUUCAAUGGUAGGCCUCGAGCUCCUGACGUCGUAGUUGAUGAGAGUUGGUUUUCUGAUCCAGAGUUCUGCAAGCAAAAUAAGCUUUGGUAUGUGCUGUCAAAGACUUUAGCAGAGGAUGCUGCCUGGAAGUUUACAAAAGAAAAGGGUAUUGACAUGGUUACAAUUAACCCAGCAAUGGUUGUCGGUCCUCUCUUGCAGCCAACGCUCAAUACAAGUGCUGCUGCAAUUUUGAACGUAAUAAAUGGUUCACAAACAUUUCCAAAUUCUACAUUUGGAUGGGUUAAUGUUAAAGAUGUUGCCAAUGCACAUAUUCAAGCAUUUGAGAUUCCUUCAGCUAAUGGAAGAUAUUGUUUGGUUGAGAGCGUUGCACACUACUCUGAAGUUGUGAAGAUACUACAAGAGCUGUUUCCUGCUUUUCAACUUCCAGAAAAGUGCGCUGAUGACAAGCCAUUUACGCCGACUUACCAGGUGUCUAAGGAAAGAACAAAAAGCUUAGGUAUUGAGUUCAUUCCCCUCAAGCAGAGCAUCAAGGAAACAGUUGAAAGCUUGAUGGAGAAGAAACUUUUCACUCGGUGAGUUGUGGCAGUCAUAUCAGAUAAAAUAAGGUUUGAGCCACAACAUUGUUUGUGGCAUUCCUCUGUGAGUUGUGGCAGUCAUAUUGGAUAAAAAUAAGUAUGCAUUUUGUCUUCAAAUAUUUACCCAAAUUGUGGAACCUUAUAAUUAGUAUUAACUGCUGCAAUAAAGACCUGUUCUGUCUGGGGCUGUAGGUCCGCUAGGGAUCUCACUCCAAUGGUCCACACUGUUUAUCUAUUAGUUACCGUGUUUCUAUUAGUUCCUUGUGCUUGUGAAUAGAUUAUUCAUAAAAAAAAAAUUAGAUUCAUCUGAUAAUUGUGGUUACAUAUAGACAGUUCAUGUGUUUUUAGAA